CACCGUCAGCUUGUCGAUUAGGCUGCAUACGAGCGGCGUGAUGUCUUUGGGCUGGCCUGACUUCUGCUCCGCCGCUGCUUCUUCCUUGGCCGCGUGUGGCUCGCGUCUGGUGGCUUAAAUUGAGCCCCAACCACAAGAAGUAGUAGAAGAGACGAGUUUUAUGUUGAUGUCGUACGAAAAUGUCCCGUUUAUGCCACAUGUUGAUUGAUACGAGCAAUAAGAAUCGAACAGAGUAGACAGAAAGCGAGAGAUAGAUAUAGAGAGACGGCUCGUCGUGUGUGGAUGUAACAAAAGGCAAGAUGACGAUCAUAGUGUUCCUGGUGGACACCUCGGCCUCGAUGUGUCAGCGGGCGCACGUCAAUGGGGUGCAGAAAACAUAUCUGGACAUUGCGAAGGGCGCCGUCGAGACGUUCCUGAAGUUUCGCCAGCGCUCGCAGGACUGCAUGGGCGACCGGUACAUGCUGCUGACGUUCGAGGACCCGCCGAACAACGUGAAGGCGGGCUGGAAGGAGAACCACGCCACGUUCAUGAACGAGCUGAAGAACCUGCAGAGCAACGGGCUGACGUCGAUGGGCGAGGCGCUGAAGAAUGCGUUCGAUCUGCUCAACCUCAACCGGAUGCAAUCGGGCAUCGAUACGUACGGGCAGGGGCGCUGCCCGUUCUACCUCGAGCCGUCGGUGAUCAUCGUGCUGACCGACGGUGGCAAGUACACGUUCCGGAACGGUGUGCACCAGGAGAUCGUGCUGCCACUGCACACGCAAAUGCCGGGCACGAAGCUGACGAAGGAACCGUUCCGGUGGGACCAGCGGCUCUUCUCGCUGGUGCUGCGGAUGCCCGGGCAUCGCGUCGAGGAGCGGGCGGACGGGAAGGUCCCGCACGACGACUCGAUGAUCGAAAAGAUGUGCGAGGUGACGGGCGGGCGGUCGUACAAGAUCAAGUCGCACUACGUGCUGAACCAGUGCAUCGAGAGUCUGGUGCAGAAGGUGCAGCCGGGCGUCGUCAUUCACUUCGAUCAACUGAUCACGAGCAACGGUGAGUCGGGGCAGGCGGCCGACCACCUGCAGUUUCAAUCAACCAAGCGCAUGAUCUACGUGCCGAAGCAACACCCAUCGCAGAAGACGUUCCCGGUCGGCUACUGGCCGAUACCGGAGCCGUACUGGCCCGAUCCGAAGCUGACCAGUCUGCCGCCGCGGGACGCCCAUCCGAAAAUCAAGAUCAUCUCGCCGUGCUGCGACGAGCCGCAGAUACCGCGCAACUUCCCGAUCGACAAGUACGAGCUGGAGGCGAGCCCGCUCACGCUCCAGAUCCUCUCGAAGAAGGAGUCGAACAAGGUGUGGCCGCUGAUCGUGUCGACGGGCAUGCAGGGUGAGAUGCCGUUCGGCUACCUCAAGCCGAACAGCACGCUGCCGAUCGUGCACUUGUACGUGCUGCCCUACAACUACCAGAUGCUGCUGCCGCUCAUCAACGAUCUGUUUCACAAGUUUAACCUCAACCCGCCGAACGAUUGGGUGUACAAGUUUACCAACUACGUGAAGACGAUUCCGCAGUACUACUGUCCGUUUCUGCGGCGGGCGCUCGCCACCACGCCGAACGUGCCGUACCAGCUGGUGCAGUACAUCCUGCCGGAGAACCUCGACAGCUACCUGUGCCCGGCGGUCGCCAACUACCUGAAGCAGAUGAAGAACACGGCCAAGCAGGACCAGGAGAACCUGUGCAUGCGCGUGCUGAAGCAGCUGAAGCAGCCGAAACCGGCGUACCAUCAGCUCGAGACGGCGAAGCUGGUGGCCGGGCCGCCGGUGCAGAAGGUGCGCGACAUCGUGACGCACCCGAUGCUGAAGGAUACGUUCGCCAAGGUGCACGGCGACAUCGUCAACUACGAGAACUACAACAUCGUCGUGCCGACGAUCGCGCAGACCGCCUCGACCAAGCACUACCGCAACCCGUACGACAUUCCGCGGCGUGACCUGAUCGACGAGAUAGCGCGCAUGCGGGAAAUCUUCUUCCGCGAGCCACCGAACGGCAUCAGUCUGGUGACGAAAGACUCCGGCCACUGUCUGCCGAUCGCGGAUAUGGGCAACUAUCAGGAGUACCUGAAGAACAAGGAGACGCCGCUGCGCGAGCUCGAGCCGACCAACGUGCGCCAGCACAUGUUCGGCAACCCGUACAAGAAGGACAAAAACAUGGUGAUGGUGGACGAGGCGGAUCUGAACGACAUGGCCCCGAUGAAAUCGGGUGCGGGGCCGAGUGGCAUGGGCGGCGGUGCGGGUCCGAGUGGUCUCGGGGGUGGCAGUAACAGUGGAGGCCCCGGCCCACACCAGAGCAGUCACAUGAAGAAGAGCUUGCUGGAGGCGGGAGGCGGCGGCGGGUCAUCGUCGUCGUCGUCGCGGGCCACCCGCAAGCGGAAGGCGGGACCGAUUCGGAAGGACUAUGUGUUCAAGCGAUCCGCGAUGGAUGCCUCGACGGGCUCAACAACGUCGGCUGUGACCUCCUCCGCCUCAUCGUCGUACGAGUUGUCGUCGGACGACGAAAGCACCUGUUCCGGGUUCACCAGCAACAACACGAGCGACACGGAGGAUGACACCGAGGGUUGCCUGGUGAUGGCACUCGAUGGUGGCGGCGAGAGUGACACGACGUCCGAGUUGCCGCCGAAGGCGAGCAUCACCACCUCCAUCAACACCGCUAUAGCCCUCCUCUCGCUUACCGCCUCGGAUAAGACAACAAUCGGCCCCAUCGAGAAGGUCACCGACAUCGAUGACGUACCCCAGCCGGCUGAUGCUGCUGGACCGGCCGGCAUCGUCCUCAGCGUACCAACACCAAGUAGUUCAAUUAAAGCCGACAAAUUGCACAGCCUUCCUCCUUCCCUCGCCUCGGCCAGCGUCGGUGAGGAUGUGGCAGCGAGCGAGGCCAAGCCGACGCCACCAGCGAAGCAAUCGAAAACAGCACCAGCACCGGCGGCGGACGACGGGAGCAACAACGGGAGCGAGCAGCGACCGGAAGUGGGCGAUGUGUCGUCGCCUGCGCGGAAGAGGCAGCUGGAGCAAGACCCCAGCCAGUCGCCCCCUCGUUCCGAUGGGCAGGCCGCCGCCGACGGCGACGACGGGCUUCAGCACAGCCGCAAGAAGCCACGGUUGCAGCCGCUGGAUUCGUCGCUCGCAAAGCUGGCGAACAAAAAGCAAUAUGCGGAUUCGUCUGACGCCCCGUCGAAGUGUGUCGAACAUACGUCGGGCGACACGGCGCUGGUCGAGCAGGAGCCCGAGGCCGAGCUGGAACCGCAACCGGAGCCGGCGCCACCUGACGCCGUGACGCAGGAUGACACCGAGCCGUGUGCGAAGGAGCUGGAGCAAAGUAAGGGCAACGCAUCCGACCAGCAACAGCAGUCGCCGGCGCCACCGCCGCCGCCGCCGCCGCCACCGAUAUCGCCGUCCGUUGAGCGAAGCGACGUGCAAGAGGAAAUCCAGCAGGUUGUGGAGCAACUGCAAAAUGUGGUGGUGAUCGAUCAGUCGAAGGCACGCGGCCCGACAAAACUCACCAAGCAACCGAAGGAGCAACCCGAACACCCGCCGCAGCCUGCGAAGGAGCAGGAGACCACCCGGCUCAAGGCGGAGGGAGAGGAUGCGAAACAGCUGGCGGAACAGACGUCCACUGCGGUGGAACCCACAGUGGUUCCGGUGGAGCCCAGCGCCGAGGCCAAGCUGGAGCCAAGCGAACCAACGACCAAACCACCACCGCUAACCCCGCAACAGCUGCUCGAGCUGGCGUUCCAGCGAGCACAACGCAGCGCAUCACAGUGGGCCACCUCCACCUCCUCCUCUUCCACCCCCGCCUCAUCUACGUCGGUUGUGUCUUCCCUCGCCGAUGCCAGCAGCACCAGCAACAACAGCAGCAGCAGCAAUAACAGCAGCGAUAUGGCGGACGUGCAGAAAAUAUCCAACAUCCUGAAAACGUGCCACAAUGGCACGGACGACGACAGGGAGAGGAACAAUCGGGACGAUGACGGGUCGGUCGUCGAGCGAUCGGUGCACGAGGGUGUGCGGGUUGGUAGUAGGGCCCCCGAGCCGGACACGAGCAUGGCGAUGGCGAACGGUACGGCCGCACCGAUCGUUACGAACGGCGGCGGUCCGAUCCACCAUCCGAUCACGUGGAACUACAACGUAGCGCUGUACUCGUGCGUCGAGGAUGACGACGACGGAGGUGGCGACGGUGGCGGUGGAGGCGGCGGCGGUGGUGGUGGUGGUGGUGGUGGUGGCGGCGGCGGCGGCGGCAGCCCCGACGACGAGGACGAAGACGAGCAGGAGCUGGAGCGGAUCGACGAGCACAACAUGCGGAUGCGUGCCGCCGUGUUCCGCGAAAUUCGGCGGCCCGGCCGCAACUACACCGAGCUCAUGAAGGACCUCGAGCUGGUGCAGGGCAACUGGGCGUGCCGGAAGCGCUUCAUCGACAUGGCCGUCCACGAGGCGCGCCGCUUCCGGCGUGUCCGUAUGGCCGCCUGCAUCGAGGAGUGGUGGGAGCAGCAGCAGCAGCAGCAGCUGCAGCUCGACUCAGCCAAACCCUACGUUCCCGGUGAUGGUACCGACUCACCGAUCACCGCCACCGCCUCGACCGGCCCGUACCAUCCGACCGGCGACGCGUUCGCCUGCAUCCGCGCCGAGCUCGCGCGAGCGGCCGCCACCGGCGGGGUCGGUGGCGCCGGCACUGGCGCCGGCGGCGGCGGGAUGUUCAUGAGCAGCGGCAUCACCAGCGUGUACGGUGCCAACUUUAGUCACAACAAUCACCACCACCACCACUUCGCCGAGGCGCUGGACGAGCCGAGCUCCCAGAGUUCCUGAGCGAA